AUGUCAAAGCCUAUAUACGAGUUUGUCCCCAACACUCAUGUCAUCAAAGGUUCUAAUGCCUCUGACUCUCCCAUCAUUCAAGUGAAAAAUGUAGCAUUCUCUGAUGAAAUCCCAAAGCAAAUCGCAAACUCAAGAAUCAAAGAUUUUGUCAACUAUGUGAAGAGUUGUCCUCUUCGAACCAUUCGAGAAGGUCGACAUAGGGUUACUAUUGAUGUAGAAUGCUUUCAAACUGCUCUUCGUCUUCCUCGAUUUGAAAAUUACUCUGAAACUCCCUCGGAAGAAAGUUGCAUAUUGGAUUAUGCUCAACUUUUUCUUGAUCAAAUGAUUGACUGCAUCAUUGGGAACAAGAAGCCAAUGUAUGUUCCCUAUCCACAUUGGCAUGGAUUGAUCUUAUCUCGUAAGGAAGGUUUUGUUGAAAUUCAUGAGAUUUUCAUUCCAAUUCCUGCCCUUUCCUCAAAGAUUAUUAAUGUCACUGCAUCUGAAGAUGAUAGUAAAGAAGACAAUGAUGAAGAUGUUGAUAAAGAAAAUGAUGAGGAUGAUUAUGAAGAAGGCACUAGCACUCCUCCAAACUCUCCAAGUGAUAACCCUCCUUCGCCUCCACCUCCAUCAAGAAAUUUUCCUCUACUAUCUCAUCCUCCUCCUCACACUCCUUCACCACCUUUUGGUUCUCCUCCCCAAUCUGAUGUUGCCCAAAAGGGGGAGAAUAAUCAAGGGUUUCCGGAUCAGCAAACGCAAUUGGUGGUAACUACACCAACUCCAUCUCAGCCUGAGAUUUCUGAAACAUGA